AUGGGAGAGACCUUGAAGUGGCUGGUGCGCACCGUGCGGGAGAUACAGCAGGCCCAGGAGGCGGACAGACAGGCACUGAUGACGUGGCAGGCGGACAAACAACGGGCCCUUCAGGAGUUCAUCAGGGAGCAUUCGGCAGCCCGGCAGCAGAUGCUACAGAGGGUGGUGAGUCCGGCACCCGGGGAUGGAUCCGGGCUGCCAGGGUGGGGGCUUUGCAAGAUGGGCCCCAUGGAUGACCCCGAUGCAUUCCUGGGGACAUUCGAACUGGUGGCUACGGCUGCCGGUUGGGAAUGGGAAACCUGGGCCCUGUGGCUAGCCCCAUACCUGCGGGGAGAGGCCCAAGCUGCAUUCAUGGCUGUGGGCGAAACCCAGGCUAGAGACUACGAUGUGGUAAAGACCACAAUGCUGGAUCGGGUAGGACUCUCAGCCGAGAGAUAUCGCCAGUGGUUCUGGGAGGCCCGCUGGACGGAGGGCCUGCGGCCCAGGGCAUUCACCCAGAGAUUGACCGACUGGGCCACCCACUGGCUGAGGCCCACAGCCCAAACCAGGGAGGAAAUUCCAUAUUCCCACCAGCACAGCACGGGGACAGGAUUUCCCAUUCUCAAACCUGAGCUGAUCGCAUGGCUGGAACGAGGACAAGAGCCAUGGGUGCCCGAUCUCCAGGCCUGCGAGGAAAGAGAGAUCCCGAGAGGCACCUACACAGGAUUGGAACUGGAGACUCUGUCACUGGUUCCUUUAAAGAAGAACCCCAACGCCGUAGUGGUGUCUGAAAAAUACAACCUGAAGCCGAUGCCGAUGAAGAGACAGAGCAUGUCCGCCCCCUCUGGAGACAAUCUACCAGUAGAGAAGAAAUACAAGCCUCUGAACACCACCCCCAACAGCACCAAGGAAAUCAAAGUCAAGAUCACCCCUGCGCAGCCAAUGGAGGGCUUGGGCUUCCUGGAUGCCCUUAACUCUACCCCCAUCCCGGGGAUCAAGAUCAAAAAGAAAGUCUUGUCUCCUACUGCAGCCAAGGCGAGCCCGUUUGAAAGGAAGCCAGUCCCAGAAGUGAGCGCUGUUAAACCAUCCUCUCCAGAACCUGGUACUGCAUCCAAGCCCAUGGAGGUGGAUCAGCCCAGCAUUCCUGUACCGGCAGUAGAGGUCCCAGAACUGAUGGAGGCCGCCUCGUCCGAGCAGAACUCAGACGCCAAGCCCUCCGAGAGCACCGCUAACUCCACGCGGCUUACCAAGAAGGGCAAGAAGAAGACAGUGACUUGGCCUGAAGAGAGCAAGCUGCGGGAGUACUUCUACUUCAAGCUGGAUGAGACUGAGCUAGUCAACAUGAACAAGAUCAAGGACUUUGGCGAGGCAGCCAGGCGGGAGAUGCUGAUGGACCGGCACGCCUUUGAGACCGCGCGCCAGCUCAGCCACAAUGCCCUGAAAAAGAAGGUGCCCUGGGUUUACCCCAAACUCAUUGACCUUCCUAGCCCCCUGGUGCAGCUGGGCAGCGGCAGCCGUGAGAAGUUCACCCAGGCCGAGAGGGAGAAGGGCAUACUGCAGGAGAUCUUCCUCUCCAAGGAGAGCGUUCCAGACAGUCCCCAUGAACCCAGCCCGGAUUCGUACGAACCCCUGCCGCCCAAACUCAUCCCGCUCGACAAGGAAUGCACCAUGGACAAGGCCGCCUACCAAGAAGGAAUCAACCCGGCUGCCGCCUCGCAGUCUCUCGGCGGAUCCUGGGCCUCCAAGCUGCCUUCAGUGCGGGCCAACCUGAUGCCGGGCCCCGUGCUUCCCAAGAGCCCUCGGGACCCCAACCCCAGCUCCUCCAUAAACGUGCAGGAGAUCCUCCCCUCCAUUGCUGCGUAGCCUGACUGACUCUAUAGGCUCCCCAUAGUGGGAGAGUCCGGCACCAAAAGGGGCGGGCCCAAUAACCGCAAGACGGAGGAGUUAAUGAAGCAGCCAGAUUGCUCAGACAAGAUGAAACACUUGCUUGGCAACCUCCAGACACAGCCCCCGGGGCCCUCAGGAGGUCCCCAUGGUGGCCCUGGGGGUCCCAACAUGCUCCCAGGUCCCAGCAUGCCUAUGGGGCCCAGGAUGAUGGGCCCUCGCCCUCCCCAGCAAG